AUGUCGCAAGCAACGAGCCAACUGCCACCUAUUCGAGCAUGUCUCUUCGACAUGGACGGUCUGUUGAUCGACUCUGAAGACCUGUACACUGUAUGCACAAACGAGACUCUGCGCAAAUACGACAAGCCCGAUCUACCCUGGAACAUCAAGGCCCAGCUGCAAGGCCGUCCUGGCCCUGAGGCCGGCAAGAUCUUCCACGACUGGGCCCAACUCCCCAUCACACGCGAAGACUUCCUCCAACAAACCUCCGCCCUCCAACAAAAAUACUUCCCCUCCACCCAACCACUCCCCGGCGUCCGCGACCUCCUCAAAACCCUCGACGCAAACCCAAACGUUCACAUAGCCCUCGCAACCUCGUCCAACAAGAACAAUUUUGGCCUCAAGACCAAGCAUUUGGAGGAUGUGUUUUCGGUCUUUGAGCAACAACACCGUAUCCUCGGCGAUGAUCCUCGUAUCCCCUCUGGCAAGGGUAAGCCAGCACCGGAUAUCUAUCUCCUCGCUCUAUCGACUAUAAACGAACGUAUCCGCAAAGAAGGCAAGGAGAAGGAAAUUACACCUGCCGAAUGCCUUGUAUUCGAGGACAGUGUGCCCGGCGUGGAAAGUGGCAGAAGAGCUGGUAUGCAAGUGGUUUGGUGCCCGCAUCCUGGCCUCUUGAAUGAAUACAAGGGUAGAGAAGAGGAGGUCUUGUCAGGAACGAGUAUUAUGAAGCAGUAUGGGGUUAGCAGCGGUGGAAGCGAGGUUCCUGGAAAGGUGGGAGAUGGAUGGGCGAGAUUGCACAUGACGCUGGAGGAUUUCCCUUACAAGAGUUAUGGUAUGGAGGCAUAG